CGUCGUCCCUAUUCUCAAACGAGGCCGACUCGAAUAAGGUCUUGAAACCACGCACUCAGCAUCAUAUUUAUUACUUCCAGCUCUUCCCCUCUUCACGGGAAUCUACCUACCUGCCAUCUCUACCAUCUUUCAGCAGAUCAAUCAUUCUUUCGACAUCGCUUUUUGCGGCGUCUCUCCCCUUUCAGUCGUUGGUUCGUGUUCUGUCGGAGACUCGCCUUGUCUCCCUUCAAAUUCAGCAACGUUGAAGCUCCAAAAUGCCGCGACGGCGGCCCCCUCGCGAGGGUCACGUCGUGAAUAACUUCUUCCUCUUUGCAGCAGCGAUUCUAUUAUUACCAUGGCUGGUCGAAGCUCAGCAGCAGCAACGUCCAGCAGUCCAGCAGCGACACGAAUCACCCCACGAGAGUAACGUCCUCGAAGUCACGAAAAUACCUCCCCUCGAGACACCUCUUACCCACAACCGACGCAAGAACACCCUCAGUGUCCGGAACAACAAUAUCGUAAAGAAAGAUGUAGCCAUCGAAACUUUGGCUCCGGCGGAAACCGCCGUUGCAGCACCUCCUGCAAGACUGUCCAGCAUUCGCAGUGCUGGACUUACCUCGCCGCAUAUUGCGCGGAGUCUUGAGGAUUGGGAAGUAGAAGACUUUGUGCUUCUGGCGACCGUCGAUGGAAGAUUACAUGCCAGGGAUCGAUUAACUGGCAAGGAGAAAUGGGCAUUCCCUUUCGGAACCCCGAUGGUGGAGACGAAAUACCAUCGAAGGAAUCGAUCAUUAGUCGAGGAAGACUACGACCCAAUGUCUAUUGAUGACUACAUUUGGAUCGUAGAGCCCAGUCGCGAUGGAAACCUCUACAUAUACAGGCCCAGCGGACCCAAUCCUGGAUUGGUGAACACCGGUCUGACGAUGAAGAAGUUGGUGGAAGAUAUGGUACCUCACGGAGGUGAAGAUCCACCAGUCAUGUACAAUGGUGAGAAGAAGACCCAGAUGGUCACUAUCGAUGCCUACACCGGAAAAGUCCUCAACUACUACGGUCCCCAAGGUGCCAUCGUCAACGAGCAAUGCCAAGUAUCGAACAGCCGUGGUGACACCGAUGAAUGUCCUAGACAGGCUACUCUGACCAUUGGACGAAUAGAAUAUACCGUCGCUAUUCAAGGUAGAAGAGAUGGACGCCACGUCGCGACACUGACAUUUUCAGAAUGGAGUCCUAAUAACUACGAUCAAGACCUUCAGCGACAGCACAGCAAGUCUUUGGACGAUCAAUUCAUAUUCCCUGGCCACGAUGGAAACUUCUAUGGAGUCGACUUAUCAAAACAGGUUAACGAGGAUCGAGCUCCAAGAUACAUGCACAAGCUUACGUCCCCCGUGGUCCGAGUCUUCGAUGUUGCCAAAGCAUGGGGAGAUAAGAGUGACCCGGAACUUGUCAUCCUUCCUCAACCUGCACCGCCAACGAUCGAGGACCAAAUAACGACGGAUCGCAGAGCUUCUAGCAUCUUUCUCAAUCAUACAGAAGAUGGUAGUUGGUUUGCAAUGUCUGGAAAGACGUACCCAUGGGCCGUCCAAGGCUCCCGACAAGCACGGAUCAAUCAGCAAGGAUGGAUUGAUCAUCGUCCUCAAUGGGACGUUAUGAACAACGACCAGCUGUCGGAGGCUUUGGUUGGCUUACACUCAAUUGAAGGUGCCAAGUCGGAUCCGAUAUUGACGAUAGGUGGUUCACUGCCAGACAAUAAUCAGAGCGAGCAAACCUUUGCCGACAACACACCUUCCCUGCUCGAUGACCCAACAUGGCUACAACGCCUGCUACUAUUGCCCAAACUGGCAGCCGAAAGUCUACUUGAAUUUAUCAAAAACCCGUUCUGGAUCAUCAUCCUCGUCGUUGUCAUCUUUUCCAAUCAAAGAGAGAUUCGUUCCUGGGUCGGAAGGCAUGCUAGUGGUAAGGGCUUGGGAAGAGUCCUCGAAAGCCGCGAGCCCAGAGCAAUUCCAAGCGUCGAUCGACUUCCUGAAAUUCCCGAGGAUGAAGAGAUCAAGCUGCCUGUUCCAGAGCGGCCUACUUCAAUCGUCAUCGACGAGACAUCUGAAGACAAAGAAUCCACGGACGACAUUCAGGAUGAAGGUCGGCCUUUACAAGAAACAGCGGCUUCCAAGUUGGACGUUCCAGGUGAAGAGAAGGCCACUACAUCCCCAGAAAAGGAAAAGAAAAAGGCCCACAGAGGCCGUCGUGGAGGUGUCAAGCACAAGAAAGGACGAGCCACAUCCCAAGGUGCUUCGGAAGAUGGCGCUGCUACACCGGUUCCCAAGCCGGUGCCCACCGUCGAAGACGCGGUCAGAGAUGCCCAGAAUCUGGGCCAGCAAGCGAAAAUGGAACCAGACAUUGUUACAGUACCUACUGAUCCCACGGAGGUUUCGGGUCCUAUUCUCCGCAUUGGCGCUCUAGAAGUCGACCAGGAAUCUUGCAUUGGUAUCGGCAGCAAUGGGACCAUGGUGUUCAAAGGCAUCUUUGAUGGGCGUGAGGUUGCUGUGAAGCGAAUGAUGAUACAGUUCUUCGAUAUCGCUUCACAGGAAACAAAGCUGCUCAGGGAGAGUGAUGACCAUCCAAACGUGAUUCGAUACUUUGCACAGCAACAGGCUGCCGGCUUCCUCUACAUCGCGCUAGAGCUAUGUCCUGCCUCACUAAGUGAUGUUAUUGAAAAACCAUCUGUUCAUCGUGAUCUAGCACACGCCGGCGAGAGAGAUUUACCGAAUGUGCUCUAUCAGAUCACCAACGGUCUCCAGCAUUUGCACAAGCUUCGCAUCGUGCAUCGUGAUCUGAAGCCAGCAAAUAUCUUGGUCGCGAUGGGCAAGGAUGGAAAUCCUCGACUACUCGUUUCGGAUUUUGGCCUUUGCAAGAAGCUCGAAGGGGAGCAGUCCUCUUUUCGCGCAACAACAGCUCACGCUGCUGGAACUUCUGGUUGGCGGGCUCCAGAACUUCUUCUUGACGACGAUGCCAAGGACAACGAAGCUCAUAAGACAAUGGUGGAUGCUAGUACAGACGGCAAUUCAGGUUCAAUUGCCCUGAAUCCUGAUUUGUUACCCAAUCGCCGCGCAACACGUGCUAUCGACAUAUUCUCUCUCGGUCUGGUCUUCUUUUACGUUCUGACCAAAGGAUCUCAUCCAUUCGAUUGUGGAGACAAAUACAUGCGCGAGGUGAACAUCCGAGCCGACAAGUACAAUCUUGAUAAACUAGAUGUGCUGGGAGACUACGCCUUCGAGGCCAGAGAUCUCAUUGCAUCUAUGCUUUCUCAUGAGCCGAAACAACGUCCCACGGCGCUUCAAGUUAUGGCCCACCCAUUCUUCUGGUCACCGAAGAAACGUCUCAAUUUUCUCUGCGAUGUGUCAGAUCAUUUCGAGAAAGAGAAGCGGGAUCCUCCAACACAAGCUCUCGAGACACUCGAGUCAUAUGCUCCUUCAAUUUGUGGCAGUGAUUUCCUGAAACCACUAGGGAAAGAAUUCGUUGAGUCUUUGGGCAAGCAACGUAAAUACACAGGGACUAGACUGCUCGACCUACUUAGAGCUUUGAGGAACAAGAAGAAUCACUACGAGGAUAUGAGUGACAAACUCAAGAGCCAUGUUGGAGCACUACCGGAUGGGUAUUUGAGUUUCUGGACGAGAAAAUUCCCCAGUCUACUCAUUAGUUGUUGGAACGUUGUAUAUGAGGUUGAGUGGGAUGAAUCUGAUCGGUUCAGGGAGUACUACCAGCCCGCUGGUUUGUAAGUUGGGACAGAUUUUGGAGUAUCAAAAAGGGUUCAAGGUUGGCAUGGAAGGGAAAAUGGCAUGGCUCUGUACUAUAUGCAGUCUUUCUGUGACUCAGCGGAGUUAUUCACAGCGAUAUUUUUCUCACCUUUUCUAAUUCCUUGUAAUUGUGUCGUGAUGCUUCAAAAAAAAAAACA